AUGCAGUUGGCAGCUCUCUUCUGUUUCUGCAUCUCCGCAGCCUCCGCAGUUAAGCAUUAUGGCUUGACACCCACCGAGGACGUGAGGAACAUGGUAAACCAUCGUGUUCAGGCGUUCUCGGGCGAUGUCAUGAACCUCACCUCUUUGUUCACGACCGACGCCCUUCAUAAUCAUGACGGAGCCGACUUCUUGGCAGCGGAGCUGGGCAUCUUCAACAAGACUCUUGCCGAUGUCUUCCCUCCGCAUACCUCCAGCUCUGGAAACAGCUCCAUUCAAGCGAGAGCCACAGUUGAAGGCACAUGCCAGGGUCAUGGAAAAAUUGAAGAUAACCUGAGCAGUCUUCAGAUCAACAGCAUUUGUUAUUCUAUCGCGGGUGCUGCUGCCAGCCCUAUCACCGCAAUCAUUGGUGUCAUUGACAGCAAUGCUUGCGUGGAGUCAUCCUCUGGUCAUUCCGUUGGCUUGUGCAAGACCAUUUUUAUGAUGAUCAAUACCGCUGGCACGACAUUUACUGGUGGCAUGGUUAGCACCUAUUGCCCUGCUUUCCUCAGUCUCUUUGUGAAAUGCAAGGGCGCUGAUGCACAAGGCAAUCCUAUAAACAACAAGGACAUUGACAUGACUGCGUUCAACACUCAGAAAGACCGCAACUGCGACGGUCCCACUGGGGGCGAGAAAUGUACCGAGGUGCACGUGUAA